AGUAAAAGGACCAAAAGCACCACUCAGAAGAAGAAGAAGAAACUUACUGAUCGGCCUAAAAAUUUAUUUAUUUAUUUAUGUAUUUUGAUCUUAGAGGAGCGAAACCUUUAAUCUCGUUGUUGUCGAACGUUCUGGGAAGACGCAGAAAUGGCUCUUAACCAGAAUCAUUCGGAGUCUGGUGGAGUUAUCAUCAACAACAGCGAAAGUGUGUUGAUGAACUAUGAUAAUGUGGAGCUGCUGUUCUGUGAUGCGGAUCAUCUUCCUGAUGCUUUCAGGAAGAGCAAAAAGGGCAGCAUCUACCUAACACCAUACAGGAUGAUUUUUCUGGCUAAAGGCCGUGAUGCACUGCAGUCCUUCAUGAUGCCGUUCUACCUUAUGAAAGGCUGUGAGAUCAAACAGCCUGUGCUCGCCGCCAAUUACAUCAAGGGUACAAUCAAUGCAGAGCCUGGAGGUGGCUGGGAGGGCAGUGCCACUUUCAAGUUGGUGUUUGCUGCAGGAGGAGCCAUCGAGUUCGGCCAGUACAUGCUGCAGGUGGCAGCUCAGGCGUCCCGAGGUCAGCUGGUGACUCCUGGGUUUGGCGGCUGCCCCUACAUGGCUAAUGGGGCCUACACGUACCCUCCCCCUGCUGCAAAUGGGAUGCACCCUGCCGGACCUCCACCUUGCUACUCCUAUCCAAACCCCCCUCCUCCAGAUGGAUUCUACCCAAACCCUCCAGCGUUUGGCAGUGCUGCCUCCUACAUGCCCCCACCUCCUUAUUCUGCUCCUGUGGGCCAGCAGCCCCUGCAUGACCCGGACCUCCCGUCAACUGCAGCAGCGGAGGCCAAAGCAGCGGAGGCCGCGGCGAGCGCCAGCACCAGCUGUGCCACGCUGCCACCAACACACGUCUACCUGCCGCAGGAUAAGCCUCCUCCCUACUCGCCUCCAGAAGACAAGAAGAAUCAGUAGACGUUCUUCUGCUCUCCUCUGUCUCACUGGAUCUCCUCAGACCACACAUCAGAAAAUGGUUUCCUCUCUCUGUCUCUCCAGUGUGUCGUCGUGAUCUGUUUUUCUUUCUCGUUCCUGCCUCCGAUUGAACCCGCCACAUUCCGAUUAGCAAAACAUAAUCAGCUGCUGUUUCAGUCUCAGACUUUCCAGAACUCA